AGAGACGCUUACAAAUGAGUAUUGCCGUGUGUGAAGUAGAAAAGCAUUACAAUAAAAAAUCGUGAAAUUUUACAAAGUAUCGUAAAUUUCAUAUUUUACCAUGGCUGGCAGCGAGAAAGUAUUAGAAGGAUUUAUUUGUCCGAUAUGCAUGACCGAAUUUAAGGCACCUAAUCAAUUAACUAAACAUUUCGAGGAUUUUCAUAAUAAUGAUCCAGAAAUUCUCAAGUCGCUUAAAGAUCUCUUUGGCAAGGCAAAAAAAAAAAUCUUAAAACAAGAUGAAAUACCGGAAUCAUUUUCAGGCUCUAUAUCAAAUAAAAGACAAUAUAGCCCAGAAAUUAAUUGGGGACCUCAAGAAAUUGGUAUGAUGAAAUCACAUACAGCUUACUUUAAAGAUAUAAGAAACGCAAGACUGGAACGAUAUUCUUCAGAAACAAAUAAACUCAUAAUAAGAUUAGAUAAAUUAUUAAAUAAUUUACCAACGGAUCCUGUUGAUAGGAAAGUUCAUGAACGUGCCAUUGUGCCAUGGAUAGACGAGAAAGAUGUGAAGUUAUGUCCUACGUGUGCGAAGAGUUUUCAUGUUGCGAGAAGGAAACAUCAUUGUAGACUUUGCGGAGCUGUUAUGUGUCACAAUUGUACAGUAUUUCUAUCUCUGCAAGAUGCGCGGAAAAUGACAAGUCCUGUGUCGGUACAAGAUGAUUCUGCAGUGUCUCCUACUUCGGAACGACGAAUUUCCGAGCGCAUAGUACGCGCGGGUAUUGGUCUAACAAAAUUAGCCAGAUCGCCAUCCAGUGGUAGCUUGAAUAGCGUUUUAUCGUUGGUCAACGAUUCGGCAGCUGGCGAGCAACAUUUUAGAAUUUGUAUACAUUGCGCAAAUUUACUUGACGCGAGGGAAAAACAAAAAGCAAAACACUUCGACAAACCAAUCGUAUGUCAGUUUUAUGAAAAAAUGAGAGCAUACAUGGAAGAAGCUUCGCAACAUAUGCAAAUGUAUAAUAAAAUGGGGGAAUCUUUGAAUGAGGGAGAAACUACAUACAACUUAGACGACGCGCAGGCUUUACGAAUUAAAAUUGCAAAGUUAGGUGAAAAUAUCGAUUUAAUUAGUAAAAGAAUUUCUGUACUGGGUACAAGAUGCGUAGAAAAUCCACCGCAAGAACAAGAACUCCGGUUGCACCACAUGGUCAGAGUAUCUGCGAUGAUAUUUCUAAAAGAAGAUUUGCUGAGUAUACCGUCUUUACCGUCGACAGAAAAAUAUGCAGAGUUGCAAGUAGAACGUCAGAAACGAUUAGAAGCUAGAAUCGCAUAUGAAAGACAGCUAGAAGAAGAACAAAGAGAGAGAUCUAAAGAAUAUCGUAAAAGGGAAACGUGGAAUACCGAGGCUCGAUCCUCUGUAAAGGAAAAUCAGCCGGUAGUGGUGGUGAACCAAUCACAAGGCUGGGGACCCUCGAACGUUACUCCUAAAAUGCCUCCGUCUAUGGAUCCCAUAAUUGAGCAAAUGAGUAAUCUUCGAGCUUACAUUAAACAAGCUAGAGACGAUUGCAGAUACGAUGAAGUUGCUACCUUAGAAGGCAAUCUUAGAGAAUUACAAAGCAUAUACUUUACUAUGAAUCAAGGUAAUAAUAGCGAUGGAUAGAAACACAGCUAAGCCUGCAUUUUUCUACAAGGUAAUAUCGUAUUUCUUAUCAAAUUUAAUGAUACUUAUAAAUAUUUCGAUUAUGUCCAAAGUUUCACGUAUCACUGCAUCUAAUUCAUAUACAAGAUGAAGCGUGUAAAUCAUAUCGCUCGAAUAACUUGUUUAUUUUUUUAAAAAAAAGGAAAAAAUGCAAACAUUCUUUUCUACCAUUAAAAAUAAACGAGUUGUCCGGAUGUAUUGUUUUAAACGUCCCAUCCUGUAUUAUUGCACAAUGUGAUAUAU